AUGCAUCUGCUCGUUUGGAUUAUUAAUUUCGCUUUACUUUUUUCUAAUCUUCAUGGUCUCGACGAAACAUGUCGUCAUAUUCAAACGACAGAAAAUGAAGAAUGUAAGAAAUCGUGUAUGCAAUCAGGUUAUCAUGGUGGUGGUAGCACAUCAACUACUACUCGAAUAACAACAACAGCAAGUCCGCUUGUUUCCAUUCAGAAUUUAAUCACUCAGUACACAUUUCUGGUAAUAUUUAUACUUGGUAAUAUAAGUAAUCUUGCCAAUAUCUCAGUAUUUCUUCAAAAGUCUUUAAGAACAAAUGCUUGUUCGUGGUAUUUUGCAUGUGUUUCACUCGGUCAUUUAGUUUUUCUUUACUUUGGUUGUUUCACCCGAAUUAUAACUGCUUGGUCGGGUUAUGAUCUGAGUCGUACGUCGAUCAUCUAUUGUCGUAUUCGAAUUUAUUUUCUCACUGUUAGUUUAUUAACUGCGCGUUGUUUCUUAUGUUUCAUCUCAAUCGAUCGUUGGAUGGUGACAUCCCGCCAACAUGCAAUUCGACAACUGAGUACGACGAAAACUGCACGAUGGUUUAUUCUAAUUGGAUUAGGUUUUUGCAUUCUAUUCAGUAUUAACUUUCCCAUUUGGUAUCACAUUGAAGGAACACGAGGAUGUAUUGGAGCACCGGAUACGUUCUAUCCAUUGUUUUAUACAAUCUAUAAUUUAGUAAUCACAAUUGGUCCGUUUAUAAUCAUGAUUUUGUUUAGUUUGUUAGUUCUCAAUAACCUUCGACGAAAACAACGACGGCAAGUAUCAGGAUCAACUCCGGCAGCAGUAACAACAAUAACAAGACAACCUUAUCAGCGAAAAGAUGUCCAAUUUAUUAAAUUAUGUUUAAUUCAAGUACUUCUCUAUAUCGUCUGCAAUACAUUCUAUGCUUAUAAUGCAACUUAUGCAUUCGUAACACAAACAAACGUUAAAACAGCUGAAAGAGCCGCUCUGGAUUCAUUUCUCAGUACAAUUGGUUUGAUUAUAAGUUAUUUCUAUAUGGCAAUCACGUUCUUUUUAUAUACAUUAGUAUCAAACACAUUUCGAAAAGAAUGUAAAGCUGCAAUUAAACGUUUCACACAGUGUAGAUAUCAAUGA